AUGGCGAGCAAGAGAACGCUUCUUCUCGCGGUCAACGACCUCAGACCCUCAACAUACUCGCGUGUACACAGCAUGCGAUCACUCACGACUUGUAGAGCGCGCCACACGCUCCGGCAACCUACCACACCAGCAGCGCAUUCCCGGAAUCAGUCUCUUCGAGCGUUCAGCACAUCCCAAAACUACCGUGAGGCGCCAGCUUCAGCACCACCACAGACCAGAACCAGCGGAUCCAAAGUCUGGUCCUCCGCAGAUGAAGCCGUAGCAGACAUCCAAUCCGGCAGCGUGAUCCUGUCCGCAGGCUUUGGUCUCUGUGGCACCGCCGAGACGAUCAUUCACGCCAUGGUUGCUCGCGGUAUUGAUUCGCUCAAUAAUCUCACCGCAGUCUCCAACAAUGCUGGCUCGUCCGGAGAUGGCGGUCUAAGUCCACUGACCAGAUCUGGACAGAUUUCUAGGUGUAUCAUGAGCUACCUGGGCAACAACAAGAAACUAGAGGAGAGGUAUUUGACUGGACAGAUUGCGAUUGAGCUGUGUCCACAAGGCACGCUGGCCGAAAGGAUCAGGGCUGCAGGUGCGGGCAUUCCGGCUUUCUAUACGCCUACGGGUGUGAGCACGUUCAUCCAGACCGGCGAGAUUCCGACGAGGCUAGGCACGGAUGAGGCAACGGGCAAGCCGGUCGUGCUGGAAGGUGGAAAGGUGAAGGAGACUAGAAUUUUCAACGGAAGGCAGUUCGUCAUGGAGACGGCGUUACCUGGCGAUGUUGCGGUGUUGAGGGCGUGGAAAGCCGACGAGGCGGGCAACUGCGUCUUCAGAUACACGACUAAGGCAUUCGGGCCAAUCAUGGCAAAAGCCGCAAAAGUCACGAUCGUAGAGGCCGAAGAGAUUGUGCCCAUCGGAAGCAUCGAUCCCAAUGAUGUGCACCUGCCGGGUAUCUAUGUCGACAGAGUCGUGAAGGCUACAAGGGAGAAAAUGCUGGAGAUCAAGAAGUUGAGGCCGACCGGGGAGGCGGGUGAGGAGAAGAUGACAGAUGCUCUUGUCAGAAGGAACAGGAUUGCCAAGCGUGCGGCAAAAGAACUGAAGGAUGGCAUGUAUGUCAAUCUGGGUGUGGGUAUGCCGACUUUGGCACCCAGCUACUUGCCGGACGAUGUCAAGGUGUGGAUUCAGUCUGAGAACGGUAUACUCGGGAUGGGUCCUUAUCCCACAGAAGACGAGGUAGAUCCCGACAUUAUCAACGCAGGCAAGGAGACCGUCACGCUGGCGCCAGGUGCGAGCACGUUCGACUCAAGUGAGAGCUUUGGCAUGAUCAGGGGCGGGCACGUCGAUGUGAGCAUCCUGGGCGCGUUACAAGUCAGCGCCGCGGGUGAUUUGGCGAACUACAUGAUUCCAGGGAAGGUGUUCAAGGGCAUGGGUGGCGCGAUGGAUCUUGUUUCAAAUCCAUCACAAACGAAGAUUGUUGUCACGACAGACCACGUCGACAAAAACGGUCGCUCGAAGAUCGUUGAGAAGUGCGGACUGCCGCUUACAGGCGCAAGAGUCGUGUCGACUAUCAUCACCGACAUUGCGGUCUUCCAGGUGGACCGAGAGAAGGGCACGCUGACUCUGACUGAGAUUGCUGACGGGCAUGAUCUGGAGGAGGUGAAAUCGAAGACGGAUGCAAAGUUCAGCGUUGCUGAUGACAUGGGAAGUUUCUAG